AUGGAAGGUGGAGAUCCGCCACCUCUCUCUCUCGAAAUCUACUCCUUCUCUCAAAAUCUCACCAGAUCUACGCUCUCCAAAGACAGAUCUAGAGAUCGGAUAAACAACAACGGAGGCCACAACACAGCAAACGACCCUGCGAAGCUAAAAGUCUCACCUGAGACUGCUCAAGACUUCCACUUGGAAGGUCUUACGAAAGUUCAGUCUCCAAUGGCGAACUACAAAGGAAAAAACAUAGUUAUGGAGGACGACGAUGAACCGAUUCAGCUACCAGAGCAAGACAAUCUCAAUCUCAUCCAGGAGUAUGGAUUGUCGCUCAUUGGAAGGGUUCUAAAUCCCAAGAAACAAGAUGUCGAAAAGCUGAUUGGCUUUAUGCCUCAACAUUGGGGCUUAGAAGACAGAAUCACCGCCAUGGAUCUGGGUAAAGGAACUUUCUUUUCAACUUUGAAACAGAGGAGGACUUACAGACAGUCCUAG